AUGGUUGUGCUUGAAGAUGUUAGCAAGCACGUGACAACUCGCCGUUGCCACAUCACUCACGACCCCCACCCCCAACAAAAGCAAAAGCUCCUCUACAGCCAGGGGCAUGUCUACACCCAGGACUCAAACCCCACCAGGGACUCCGGCGUUCUCGGGUUCUGCUGUUUCAUAUUACCAAAGUAUCUACUUUUCCACCACAACUGAAGCUUUCAGCCUUGAGUCAUGUUGGAAGAAGUCAAAUCGCCCUCCUUUUCCAUUUAUGGGCUGCACUGGUGUUUCAUGGAGCUGGACAAAGAUGAGUUUGAGAUGUUUAAGGAAUUCCUAAAGGAAGAAACUUCAGAACGGAUGAAGGGCUCUCUUCCAUGGUCUGAAGUGAAGAAUGCCAAUGUGGAAUGUCUAGCCUCCCUGUUGCAUGAAUAUUAUAUGGGACCUCUUAUCUGGGAGAUAUCCAUUAAUGUCUUUGAAAAGAUGAAAUUGUCAGAACUCUCUGAGAUAGCAAAGAAUGCACUGAAAAAAAUUCCACAAGCUAUGGAACAAUAUGGGACCACAGCAGCAGAGAUAAUAGAAGAACAAGGUCAUGUAGGUGACAAAUGGGACUACAGGGCUCAUGUAAUGACAAAAUUCACCAGGGAGCUGAAUGUAUGUCACGGUUUCGGAGAAAUUGCUACUGACUGGUCACAAACACAAAGUCUGGUUGAUAUUUUCAUUUCACACAGGAGGGGCCAGCCUCGCACUGUGGUUCUUCAUGGAAAAUCGGGCACCGGGAAAUCGGUUUUGACCAAAAGGAUCAUGCUCCACUGGGCACAAGGACAACUCUACCAGGGCAUGUUCUCCUAUGUCUUCUUUCUCCAUGCUAGAGAGAUACAACACAUGAAGGAGGGAAGUUUGGCCGAGUUAAUUUCCAUGGAGUGGCCAGACUCCUGCGCGCCAGUGACGGAGAUUAUGUCCCAACCAGAGAGGCUCCUGUUUGUCAUUGAUGGUUUUGAUGACCUGGACUUUGCCCUCCAAGAUUGUCCUGAGAAGCUCUGUAAAAACUGGGCUGAGAAGCAACCCAUGUCUGUCCUGAUACGCAGCCUGCUGAAGAAAGUCCUGCUCCCACAGUCCUCCUUACUAAUCACAGUCAGAGAUGUGGGCAUAGGGAAGCUUACAUCCAUGGUGGUAUCUCCCCAUUAUCUAUUUGUUGGGGGAAUCCCGGCGGAACUGAGGACCCAGUUUAUCCUCCAGAGCAUUGCGGAUGAGCAACAAAAAAGGCCAAUCUUAACAUCAGUGUUGAACAACAGCCGGCUCUUUGAUGAGUGCCAGGUUUACAACGUGUGUCAGCUAACCAGUGUGGCUCUGCAGCUGCAGUAUGCGGCAGGAAAGGAUGCGCCCCCAAUUUGCCAAACUCUCACGAGCUUGUGUGCUACUUUCAUGUUCCAUCAGUUCACACCACGAGAUGACCUCUGGUGCUGUCUCAAGGGGGAAGAAAAAGCUGUCCUGAAGAACUUGUGCCGGAUGGCUGUGGAGGGUGUGUGGAAUAUGAAGCUUGUGUUCUGCAGUGAGGACCUGGGUGUUCAUGGGCUGAAGGAGUCUGAACUCUCCACUCUGUUUCACAUGACCAUCCUUCCCAAGGAUGUCCUGUGUGAGGGCUGUUACACUUUCUUUCACUGCAGCCUCCAGGAGUUUUGUGCUGCCUUGUACUAUGUUCUAGAGGGACUGGAAAGAAAGCAUGAUCCAUCCUUGCUGUCCAUUGAGAAUGCAAGGAGCCUGAUGAAGCUGCAACAAGUUGGCUUCAACCCCCACUUGCUUCAGAUGAAGCGUUUCUUGUUUGGCCUCAUGAACAAAGAGUUGGUGAGGAAGCUGGAGGCCCUGCUUGGCCAUGGUGUCCCUCUGCUGAUAAAGCAGGAGCUUCUGCGGUGGGUCUCUCUGUUAGGUGAACAGGCCAACACCACCUCACCACUGGAUUUCCUGGACGCCUUCCACUGUCUUUUUGAGGCCCAAGAUGAAGAAUUUGUCCGCUUGGCACUGAACAAUUUCCAAGAAGUAUGGCUUCCAAUUAACCAGCAAAUGGACUUGUUAGUAUCUUCUUUCUGUCUCCAGUGUUGCCAGUAUUUGCAGAGGAUUCGGCUAGAUAUCAAAGAGAUCUUUUCAACAGAUGAGGUCACCGAGGCAGGGCUCGAAAUCCCCGGGUGGACAAAGCCUAAGACCCUCGUUACUGUGUUCUGGCAAAACCUCUGCAUGGUGCUCAGCACUCACAAGACCCUGAGACUGCUCGACCUGAGCGGCAGUGUUCUGAACGAAUGGGCCAUGAGGAUUCUCUGUUCCAAGCUGAAGCAUCCAACCUGCAAAAUACAGACUCUGAUAUUUAAAAAUGCACAAAUUACCCUUGGUCUCCAACAUCUCUGGACUACUCUUAUCAACCAAGAGCUAAAAUAUCUUGACUUGGAAAGCAUACACCUGAACAAUGAAGACAUAGAGGCAGUGUGUGGAGCAUUGAAACACCCAAACUGUUCACUGGAGUCUUUGAGGUUGGACUGCUGUGGGUUAACCCACACCUGCUGUCUGGAGAUCUCCCAAGUCCUGGUUAUAUCUGCCAGCCUAAACUCCCUCAGCCUGACAGGAAAUAAGGUGACAGACGAGGGGCUGAAGACACUCUGCAAUGUUUUGAGUUUCACCAGAAGCAACCUAAAGAAGCUGAUACUGGGGAACUGUGGCCUCACGGCUGCUGGCUGCGAAGACCUGGCCUUGGCCCUCUUCACCAACCAGAACCUGACUCACCUGUGCUUGUCGGACAACAACCUGGGGAGUGAAGGCGUGAAACUGUUGUGUGGAGCCAUAAAAAACCCCAACUGUGGUCUAAAGAGGCUGGUACUAAGUCAGUGCAACUUGGAUGUAACCAGCUGUGGCUAUCUUGCGUUUGCACUCAUGAAAAACAGAAGACUGACACAUCUGACCCUCAGCAUGAACCCCCUGGAAGACAAUGGGAUAAAGAUGCUGUGUGAAGUCAUGAAGGAACCAUCUUGUUACCUCCAGGACCUAGAGUUGGUGAGGUGCCAGCUCACACCUGCUUGCUGUGAAGAUCUGUCCUGUGUGAUCGCAAGAAACCCACACCUGAAGAGCCUGGAUCUUGCCUACAAUGCCCUGGGGGACAGCGGGGCUGUGCUGCUGUGCAAGGGGUUGAAACACAAGCACAGCUCUUUGAAGAGGCUCGGGUUGGAGGCAUGUGGGUUGACUUCUGAUUGCUGUGAGGAGCUCUCCUCGGCCAUCUACCACAACCAGAGCCUGACCAGUCUAAACCUGAUGCAGAAUCAUCUCGACCCUUCAGGACUAAGUAAACUGUGUUCAGCCUCUGCAUGUCCCAAAUCUAAUCUACAAAUAAUCGGGCUGUGGAGAGGGCACUAUACUGAGCAAACAAGGAAUCUGCUAGAGGAGUUGAAAAGGGUGAAGCCCAAAAUUGUGAUUGACGGUAAUUGGUAUUCUUUUGACCAAGAUGACCGGUAUUGGUGGCAACACUGA